AAGUGUAAAAUCGCCGCGUGGACAACUGUACAAAUUCAACAGUAAUUGAAGUUCCCCAUCAUUUUCGUUUUGUCGUCUUCCCUCAAAAUUUCGCCCGUUCCAGAAUCAAUACCCUCUUAUCUCUCUCACAUUUGAAGUUUACGUAUGGCCAAGAGUUCCUUCAAGUUGGAGCAUCCCCUCGAAAGGAGGCAAGCUGAAGCUGCUCGCAUCAGGGAAAAGUAUCCUGAUAGAAUACCUGUGAUCGUCGAGAGGGCUGAAAAGAGUGAUGUGCCUGAUAUUGAUAAAAAAAAGUAUUUGGUUCCUGCUGAUCUGACUGUUGGCCAGUUUGUUUAUGUGGUCCGAAAGAGGAUCAAGCUCAGUCCUGAAAAGGCUAUUUUCAUUUUUGUCAAGAACAUACUACCACCUACCGCGGCAAUGAUGUCUGCAAUUUAUGAAGAAAACAAGGACGAAGAUGGUUUUCUUUACAUGACGUACAGUGGCGAAAAUACAUUUGGCACCUUCUGAGAGACAUAAUCAAUCUAUCUCUUUGUGGAUAGAUUUGCCAAGAAAGAGGAAGAAAAAGCAGAUAAACUGUAAAUUCUCUGCUCAGCUCGUUUGAACUCAGUUUGGUUCUCUUUUCUCUUACAUUUCUCAAACUCUGAAUUGCAGUACCUACUUACAUUCAACUGCUAUGAUUUGGAUGAAUGAGUAUUAUUACGUUUCAAGUACUA